CCACAAGUGUCAUGAAACACACCACAAGUAUGCAAACCAUAGGUUCCAUAAAAUUACACCACAAAUUUAUUAAAGCAGAGUUGUAGACCACAAUGGUCAUAAAACAUACCACAAGUUUAUUUUCUAUCAAGUUUCUUAAAGUAGACCACAAGCUCCAUGAAGUAGACCACAAGUUACUUAAAACAUGAAAUUUCUUCACAGUGAGCCUAUUUGUAAAAUUUUAAAAAUUAGUUUUCAAAAUGUGAGUGAGCAAAAUUUUAGGUACUAAAAAUAGAAUUUUCAAUCAAUAUUGUAGGAUUUAUAUGUAAAAUAAUUAAUUUUUGAGCACUAAAUAUUAAAUAUCUAUUAACUUUUAGGUUCUAAAUUGUAAUUAGUGUGUGAACCUCCUAAGCAGGAAUAGAAGUAUAUCACAAGUUUCUAACACCCUAUCAUAAUUAGGAAUAGAAGGAGAAGGGGAAGUAUACCACAAGUUUUUAAGUCUAAAUUUUGACACAACAAUUAUUUAAAAAAUGUACGACAGAAUUAAGUCUUUUCAUUAUAAAAUCUCUUUAUCUCCAAAAAUGAAUAUGUCAUAUUCACUGGACCUUGAUUACGAAAUGAUAUCGAGAUCAAACUAUUGAGACUUAAAAAUUGAUAAAAUCGUACCAACUUAUUUAUUAAUACCAUACCUAAUCAGUUUAAUCAAUACUCUAUUUAGCACAAAUAUUGAAGGUGACAAACUGACAAUGGCACAACGUAACUUAGGAUAACGAAUAUCACCAUAUAUCUCUUCUAUAAGUAGCGGUUGUGAAGCAACUCAUCCCUAUUAGUUGCAAACCCACACAUAGGCAAACGAACAAUAGCGAGCCAUGAUAGACAACAUCUGCUGCUGCUAUCUCCUCUUUCCUCUCUUCUUCCUCUACUUAGCCCAUGUAGCACUCAAAUCCACAACCUCCUCCCGCCGCCUCCGCCGGCAACUUCCUCCAAGCCCACCGUCGGCGCUCCCAAUCCUCGGCCACAUCAGCCUGUUGAAACACCCAAUUCACCGCACCUUCCAUGCCCUCGCCCAAGACCACGGCCCCAUCUUCUCCCUCCGCCUUGGAAACCGCCUCGCCGUCGUAGUCUCCUCCGCCACCUUGGCGGAGGAAUGCUUCACCGAAAACGACGUCGUCUUCGCCAACCGCCCCCACCUCAUCAUGGGAAAGCACAUCGGUUACAACUACACCACCCUGACCCAAGCCCCCUACGGCGACCACUGGCGCAACCUCCGCCGCAUCGGCGCCGUCGAGAUCUUCUCCGCCCACCGCCUCAACGCCUUCCUCUCCAUCCGCCGCGAGGAGGUCCGACGCCUCGCGUCCAGGCUCGCGCGCAGCCACCGCCGCGUGGUGGAGCUGAAGUCGGCGUUUCACGAGCUGACGUUCGACACGAUGAUGAGGAUGGUGGCCGGGAAGAGGUUCUACGGCGACGGCGAUGACCAGGCCAGGGAAUUCAGGGAGGUGAUCAAGGAGGUGGCGGCACGUGGCGGUGCGACGAACCCGGGUGAUUUCGUGCCGGUGAUGAGGUGGAUUGACGGCGGGAAGUUCGAGAAGACGGUGGCGGAGCUGGCUGGACGGAUGGACUCGUUCUUGCAAAAGUUGAUUGAGGAGCAUAGGUGUAAGAAGGAAGAGUUGGAGAGUACGAACACCAUGAUUGACCACCUGCUUGCGUUGCAGGAGUCUGAGCCGGAGUACUACAGUGACCAGAUUAUCAAAGGCCUUGUUCUGGUCAUGUUGUUGGCAGGAACUGAUACUUCUGCGGUGACUUUAGAAUGGGCGAUGUCAAACCUUCUGAAUCACCCCAGAAUGUUAGUCAAGGCAAGAGAAGAACUCGACAAGCAAAUUGGUGAAGAAUGCUUGGUAGAUGAGCCUGAUAUUUCCAACCUCGCUUAUCUUCAGAACAUAAUUUUUGAGACCCUUCGGUUGUAUCCGGCUGCUCCGCUCCUAGUCCCUCAUGCAUCCUCCGAGGAUUGUGUGGUUGGAGGGUACCAUUUGCCGCGCGGCACAAUGUUGUUGGUCAAUGCAUGGGCUAUCCAUAGAGACCCUAAUCUUUGCGACGAUCCCUUGAGUUUUAGACCAGAAAGGUACGAAAAUGGAGGGAAGGAAAGCUAUUAGCUUUUGCCUUUUGGGUUGGGAAGAAGGUCUUGUCCCGGUGCAGGCCUUGCCCAACGAGUUGUGGGCUUCACUCUUGGAACAUUGAUUCAAUGCUUUGAAUGGGAAAGAUUCAGUGAGGAAGAGGUUGACAUGAAUGAAGGGAAAGGAAUCACAAUGCCUAAAGAGAAGCCACUCGAAGCCAUCUGCAUAAGUCGUCCAAUCGUGAACAAGUUUUUUUCUUUAAGAUAAAUUAAGACAUCCACGAUCAAGACUUAAACUAGAUUGGGACCACUUUCAAAUUUUAUGAAUACAUGGAUGAGCAAAGGAAGCGAAGGGCUAUAGGGAGGUUCAUAUUGUUCUAAAUAAAUAGUAUUGUAUUGCAUUCGUCAAAUCAUAAAUAGUUCAACGAGGAUAUUAUGGAUCUUUUUUUUUUACUUUAAUUCAUAGUUGUGGAUCAUAUACAAAAAUUAGGGAAAUGAACAAAAUUAGAUAGACCAUACAAUUUUAUGAGUGACAUUGGAGAAGUUUAUUUUAUUGUGGUUACACUUGAAAAAAACUCAUAAUCUUUAUAAAGGCACUGGUAUCUAGGGGAUAAAUUUUUGGAUACUAAUCCAAGUUUUGGUGAGUAAUCCCAUAUCUGCCUCUCUUUAAAGUCUCUCUCUGGACUUCAUUAUCAAUAGGGCAGUAGGGCGGACCAAGGACUAGUUUUGGUGAGUAAUCCCAUAUCUGCCCCUUACGUCUUGGGCGACACAUGUGCUACAAUUAUUUUUUAAUAGUCACAAAGCUCACUAACAACGGGGCCAGGAUCUCAUUUAUGUGGGUGCUUAUCAUCAGUGGCGGACCUACUUGUUGGCAAGGGGUGUCGUCACCCAAAAUUUUUGUGAAGAAUCUAUAUUUUUCGGUACAAAAAAUUUCAAUACGUGAUUUCCGACACCGCUUUAAUAAUUAUAGCCCAUACUCCUUCAUUAGGAGACACCCCCUCUUCAAUAAUUCUGAGUCCCCCACUGCUUAUCAUGCUUUGACCUUGCAUUAAGUAACUCCAAAACAAGUGCAUACUAAUACUAAUGAAAAUGUGCAUGUUAAAGAAUAUCAUAUGAUUUAAGUUCUUCAGUGAAGUUCGUAAUCCAUCUUCUCUUCUUCUUUCUACUCUCGGGCUUCCAUAUAAUAAAAGGAGGUGGGUUCCUCGACAUGAACUGAAAUGGGUUAGGCAAACCUUUAUCCCGAGUGCCACAUUUUCCCGUUCGAGAAUCUCGAUCUGCUCAAUUAAGCUUAUUACCGCUUAUCAUACUGUGUCAUGCGAGAGACAAAAAAUAUAUUCAGUUGAUUCAUUUCCAAUGAAAACUAGACACGCACUCCAUAUCCCCAUGAGCUUGAGGAUCCCGCUUGAUGCGUGAAUCCAGUCUCUUUCCCUUAAGACAUGACUCAAGGAUAGAGCAAAUACCAUAUCUUGCUACAACCUUUGAGUCAUUCUUUACUUUAGCUCUAGAACGAGGAUAGGGGUAAACCUUCGGUUGACCAUAUUGUUCCAGGACAUUGUGGUUUUAGCAAACAUGUUUUCGAUUAGACUAUAUAAUUCAUUUAUUAUUAUCUUUUAAACAUAAAUUAUAAUCUAAACAAACCCAAAUUACACCAUAUUAUUUUCAAUUUUUUCUUCCAAAAUCUAAAAACUAAAUUUCAAUCCGCAAUUAGAACCCUUAUGAUAUUUGACGAAUGAAAGCAGAAAGGAGAAUCGACUCCUCUUCUCUCCUCUUCUUCUAUCAUUCAUAUUGAAAGAGAUUUCACUUUGGUUUAUAUCAAGAACAAACUUCGGAAUCGAAUAUGUGAUCAGUUCAUAUAUAUGAAUGUCUAUUAGGAUAUAUUGAAAGAUACUUUUCUGCUGUGAAUAUUAAAUCUAGAACUUUUUU